CAAUCUCGAAUUUCGUAGGAGUCACUGUUCGGCGGGUAACCGCCGAGCUUGAAAAGACGGACAACGUUCAGUACCACAGAAAGCCGGAAUUGUACACACUACGAUGAUGUGUACGUCGACAACAACGGAUAAUAAUCGGAUUAUUUAAAAAAAUAUGUUGUACAUUUGUGUCUAGUCAUUAUUUUAGUGUUGUUAUUAUUAUAAUUAAUUUUUCAUUAUGCGACAAACACGUUGAAUACAAAUUACUCGUUAACUGAUAAAUCAAAAUACAUGAUUCUAUCUAAUUCAAACCACAAUUAUUUUUAUCGCAGUGUUUGACUACGUUGAAUCUUCUUUUCUGGAUUUACAAUAGUUUAUAAUUCUCCAGAUGCACGGUAUGGGUGUAAAACAGCCAGAUCAAGGAAUAAUACCCACAAACAAGGAUAAUGGCCGUAGUAGAAGAAAAUCUCGAUGGAAACUCAAAUUUCAUCAUCAAGCUUUACCACCAGAAUAUUUAAACCACUACGAAUCAUCUAUGAUGACUCCACAACUAUCCCACGACGUUUCUCAACCAACUUCACCUGUACCUUCAAUUUGUACUUUUAAAUCUAAACUUCCUCCGGAAGCUCAAACUAGCGUUCGUUUUGACGAUUUACCAUACAUGGGAGAGAUGACGUUGGACAACGCUAAACCAAGGAGAGGACGUAAACCAAAGAAGGCUGAUAUUUGUCAUUUAAUUUACAAGAAUUAUGGAACCACAGUGGUAGAAGAGCCAUUAAAUUUAUGUGUAAGAGACCAAGUUUGUCCAGUAAAUGACUAUAAUAUGAACAUUAGUGGGCCAUCGGGUUCUGUAAUACCAGAAUCCGUAAAUUAUCUUCCCUUUAAAGAUCCAAAACGUAAAAGUAAAAAAUCAUUGGCUAGAGAGCGUCUUGAAAAAACCUUUAAAGAAAAAGGUUUUUUAAUACAAACUCAACAAUUAGAAUCCGCUCAAGGAGCUACGUACUGCAAAUUUAGGCAAUUGAGAAAGUUUACUAGAUAUUUAUUUAGAAGUUGGAAACAUCAUUUACCGGGUGAUGUCGUAGAUACUAACCCCAAUAGUCAAAUUACAUGAACAAAAUUAAACGUUUCCCAAAAUCAUUUAAAAGUAUUGAAAUUUUACGAUUUCGCAAGCAAUGAACGUUCUUGGUUCUUUUAUUGAUUAUACAAAAUAAAUAUUUUGGUAAAAUAUUAAAAUUUUUGUAUUCAAUUCAUAGUGACUCUUUUGGUUUCUAAACCAAAUUUUUAUUUAGUUAUUAUAUACCUUUAAAAGGUAUAAAUGUGACCUAAAUUUAAUAAAGGGUAGGAUAUAUUCCAAUGGAGGAUAUCCUCAUUGAACGCUUCUGUAAGUGCAAUAAACAUAAAUAAAUUGAAUGAUAUGCUCAAAAAAAAAAAAAA